AGUAGCGGAAACCAAUGUGAAAAAAAAAAUACAAAACAAACUGCUUCAACUUGUAUUAACAGGGGAAGAAAACAUUUUAUCACACCGCGGUUGCUUUCAGCACUUGAUAGCGCCAAAGUAAGCGAUGGAAAGGCGAUGCACAUUCUGAUAGCGACUGCAGAAGCAUUGGGCCAUUGCACUAGAAACUUGGUAGUCAAUCGUUCUACUCUCCAUAGACUGAGGGAAGAGCAUCGCAGAAAAGAAACACAGAGGAUUCAAGAGAGUUUUAUUGACAAACUAAGUGAUACACAAGCAAUGGUCGUCCACUGGGAUGGUAAAGUAUUGCCAGAUCUAAUUGGAAAAAUAAAAGUUGAGCGAAUUGCAGUGCUUGUUAGUUAUAAUGGCGAAUCCAAAUUUCUAGGCGCUCCAAAACUUAUAUCUGCCACUGGUGAAAAUAUAGCUACAGCCGUUUUUGAUACACUUAGUAAAUGGAAUAUUUUAGAUCGCGUAGAAGACAUGUCUUUUGACACCACGUCCACUAAUACUGGUCCAAUGAAUGGAACAUGCGCUCAAUUGCAACGCAUGUUAGGAAGAAAUUUGUUGACGUUACCAUGCCGUCACCACAUUCUUGAAAUAUACUUGCGUAGUGUAUUCGACCUGCAUUUCAAAGUGACUCAAGCACCAGAAGUCUCAAUUUUCGAGAGAUUCGCCAAAGCCUGGCCAAAUAUUGACACUUCAUCAUUUAAGAGUGGGCUCCAAUGUGAAGAUAUAAAAUCUGAUAUAAGUCUGCAAUGAAAUCAAACAAUUUUGUCAUUCACAACUACAAAAACCUUUGUUCGUGCUGACUAAAAAGAAUUUUUACGUCUAGUACUUACAUUUCUUGGUGACAAUGGUGGUAAAUUUAAAACACCCGGAGUUACAAGUCAUGCACGUUGGAUGUCAAAGGGAAUAUAUUCCUUGAAAAUAUAUCUUUUUCGUGAUCAAUUUCACUUGAGUAAAGCUGAAUUAAAAGGUUUAAGUCACAUUUGCGUUUUUUUAGUGCGUUUAUAUACAUAUAAAAGCUUGGUACAAAUGCUCUAAUGCAAUUGCCUCUCCCCUGCAUGAUUUAAACUUUGUAAAAGAAUGUAUUAAUUAUGAAAAAGUGAACCCAAGUAUUUCUUCGGAAUUGCUGAGAAAAAUGCAACAACACAUGUGGUAUUUGUCAAAGGAAAACGUCCCAAUGGCUUUCUUUGAUUUCAAUAUUUCUGUAGAUGUUAAGAAAAAAAUUGUAAAACAUUUAAAAUCAGAAGAGCCAACUAAUAAACUACAAAACAAUCGCAAAAAAAAAAAUUAAGUGACAUACGCAAUUCGGAUUUAAGCGAAUUUGUAUCCAAAAGAACUUUAACAUUUUUUAUGAAGUACAAGUUGUCAACCAACUUUUUGCAUUUGGAUCCAGAGUCUUGUGAAACAAUCGAGGAAUUCCAAUGGUCGCACAAUAUGCCACAAAUUGCUUGUUACUAAUGAUACAGCGGAAAGAGGUAUUAAAUUUAUAAAGGAUUUCAAUACUAUUCUUACAAAUAAAGAAGAAGAAAAACAGUUUCUCCUUCAAGUUGUUGAAGAAUACAAAAAAAAUAAGUCCUA